CCUGCUGCAACGUGAACGUGCGGUCUGCUGCAAACGGGAGCGAGUUUAUUGCUUCUGGACGGAAAAUGUUUGUGCAAGCUUGUGAUUUCAGCGAUUCUACAUCCAGAACAAAUUGUUUAAACACAGUCACAACAACAACAACUAUAUAUUGUGUUUGUUCAAAUGUGUAUAAAUGAGCUAGUUACUUACUCUUAUUAGGACGGAAGUAUUGUAUGUACUCUUACUAUAUUGUGAUUAUCGAACUGUGUACAUGGACAUAUUUUAGUAAACGUUGCUCUGAAGUUAUUGUAUAUUUUAUCUGCUCUUACUGCAUUGUGAAAUAUGUAUAUUUUGUGAGAGCUGUAAGUCGCCCUGAGUGAGGGCGUCUGCUAAGAAAAUGAAUAAGAAAAAGAGGAAGAAAACAAAACGCAACGGAAUUAUUUCUUAAAUCGUGAAGUCACGCCCGUGACGAGGACAAUAGAAACAGGUCAUCUUAACGAAGAUUAUGGAUCCAACAAUGUACAGGGAAAUAUUACUGUACAAGACAAUGGGAAAAUACCCCGAGAAGGCCAGGAAGGGGGAAAAAUUCAUCAUCCGGAGGCGUGCAGGACAAUAUGUGGUUCAAGCUGCCGUCCCGAGAGCCAGAGGGGGUGGAGCUGCCGUCCCGAGAGCCAGAGGGGGUGGAGCUGCCGUCCCAAGAGCCAGAGGGGGUGGAGCUGCAGUCCCGAGAGCCAGAGGGGGUGGAGCUGCCGUCCCGAGAGCCAGAGGGGGUGGAGCUGCCGUCCCGAGAGCCAGAGGGGGUGGAGCUGCCGUCCCGAGAGCCAGAGGGGGUGGAGCUGCCGCCGCCCGAGCAAGAGGGGGAAGAGGUGAAGAGCCCGCCGGCACCACAGCCCCGACCACCACCCCUGCGGUCCAGUCCGGCACCGCCGCUGUGUGCGGUCCCUCGCCCCUUGCUCCUGGACACCCUUCCGGUUUGCUUGGACCUCCCUUCGCUAGACCUGGAGCCCAGGAGUCUGCAGAACCGGUCACAGUUCUCCACCUGGUUCCAUGCUCCGCUCCUCCCAAGCACCAAGACGUCGCUGCGCAGCUCCCAGACGGCGCUUGAGCUCCCCCUGGUCACUACUUUGCUCCCCCUGGGUGAUUGGACGUCGCUGCACCGGGCCCCGGCUGCAGACCUCCAGUGCCCCGGUUGUCGCGCCGGUCGCCCCUGACAAACCGGUGGGGUCCCUCGUCACAGGUGCGCGGUCCCUACCUGGCGGGGCCAGAACAUGGACCGGCCCACCCUCAAGUCCGCCCAUGGAAGAGGGCGAAAAGAGACAUUGAUGGACUCGAGGGUGGGUGGUUGUGUUUUAGGGGAGGAGGUGGCCGACGAAUGGCCGGUGUCUUGAAAAGACAAGGGGGGGGGAUAUGUGAGACAGCAGGGAGGGGGUUAAAGCCUCCCUGAAGAAAAACAUGUGCGGAAUGCACAUUUGUUUAGUUUAUUUGUUUUUGUUUAUUGUUUAAUUGUUUUGCUUUAUCGUUGAAUUUAAUUUGUUAAUUGUUUUAUUAUUAAUUAUCCCCUGCACCUGGUAAAUAUUGUCAAAUUAGGACCAGGUGCAGGGUAUUUAAGGGAGGCAGUUAGUCUGCUCAUGGCUGCUGAAUAGAAGGAGGCAGAAGAGGUGCUCUGCUUCCGAGCAGUCAGGAGGAAACGUAAGCGGUGUAAACCUGUGUGAUAUGGUCUGUUUGUGGUGUUGUGUUUGGUGGGGUGUCAGGGUGUUCCCGAAAGUUUAGUCAGUGCUCAGAAAGAGCUAGGUGUUUAUUUUGUUUUGUUUGUAUUAAAAAUAGCGCGUCAGCGCGGGAAAAAAAAUCCAUUCCUGUGUCUUGGGUCGUGGUU